CGCAAAUCUGUUUGAAAGGAGAGCAAUAAAAUAAAUAAAGAUAAAAAUUGUGUACUAUGCACACAAACAUUUCCAAUGUAUGGGUAAAAUAUAUUGUUCAUUUCUUAACGUAUACGAAUAUAUGUAUAUUAUGGUUUAACGUAUGUGUGUGUACAUAAUUAUUUUUUUUUAUAAUGUGUAUUGGUAGGUUGCGGGUUGCGGCAGCUGAACACAUUGAAUAUUGUAGCUGUGUGUAGACUGUACCGUUUACAAUGAGUAAAAAGUGCUUUAUAUUUUAGUGUUCAUUUAGGUGUCGAUGUACAAAGAAGGUUGCGCUGUUCUGUAUUCGGUGUAGAUAAAAAAAAAGUACCUAAAUAAGUUAAAUAACUAAAAUGCCUCGACCACAAAACAAUUCAUUAUUUGCUUUAUAUAAAUUAAAUGAACAUGAUCAAAUAGUUUGUUAUCAGGAAAAAUGCAAUGGAAAAGUAUUAUACAAACAUAGUGCUAAUUUAGAAAGACAUUUGAGAAACAUUCAUCCUUUAAUUUAUGCGUCGUACGUGAAGAAGAAAAAAAUUAUUAAAUUUCCUCGCAAGUUGAACUUUGAAAAAAGAUUAAUAGAUUGUGUGCGUAAUUAUCCGCUUUUGUGGGAUAAAUCAGACGGUAAUCGUUUUAAUGAGGACUUGAUAGACCAAGCUUGGAAUGAGAUAAGAAUGAGAUUGGAAGUCACUGUUUCUACGUGCAAACAAAAAUGGGAAAAUCUUAUAGACAAAUUCAAACAUGAACUAGUCAAUAAUCCACCGUCAAUAGAUGGUGUAGAAUCCUUAAAUGGUUCUACCGCCUCUUCAAAGCAAAGAUGGAAGUAUUUUAAUGAACUAUUAUUUUUGCGUGAUCAUAUAGAUCUCACAAAUUUUACUGUAAGCAUUCCACCCGAACAAAUGGAAUGUAUGAGAAGAGAUUACAUCAAAGAAGAAAGUAGUGAAUCAUUUUUACUUUACAACGACACAUUGGAACAAUCAAGUUUCCAGGAUGACAGAGAGGAAUCAUUGUUACAAGAAUCAAGAGAAGAUUCAAGACUGAGAGAUGAAUCAAUAGAAGAACAAAGAGCACAUAAUGAUAGAGAAGCAUCAAGACCUCCUGAUAAUAGAGAUCCACUUAAAUUAAAUACAAAAUCUAAUACAACUUUAUAUGAAAAUCAAUCAAAGAAAAGACCUGCAAUUGAAGAGACUGAAAGCGAAGAUGAUUAUGAUAAUUAUUUGAAUGAAAAACUUAAACAAAUGAAACGCAAAAAAUUCAAAUCAAUGCUGGAUAACGAUAAUAGUGCCACAAAUGAAUCAGAUACUGAUAGGAUGUUUUUAUUAAGUCUUUUGCCAUUUUUGAAAACUAUUCCACAUAAAAAGAAACUUUCUGUACGGCACAGAAUUCAGGGGGUGUUAUUGGAGGAACAUGAAAAAAUUGCCAAUAAUUUGUAACUUUUUGUUUUUAAAUGUUAAUGUAUACAUAUUUUUUUAA